AGGGAUAAUACCCUCGAGAGCUGUGUGUGGAGUCGCGCUGGGCGGAGUUGUUGGACCAGGAGCAUAUAUAUACACCAACGGAACAGUCUACGUGCAGUUACGCUGUCAGCAUGAAGGUCUUAUUGUGUCUCUCCCUCUGCCUGGCUCUCUGCCUCGUUAGCGUGACAGGGCUUAGGUGCAUCAGGGCUGAAGGAUGCACACCCGAGGCGAAAGCAGGCUUGGACUGCCAGUUCGGAUUUGAAACGGACCUCUGCAAUAGGUGUGAAUGCGCCAAGGGGCUCGGUGAGGAGUGCGGCGGGACGUGGAAGAAACUGGGCACCUGCGCCGAAGGACUUGUCUGCGAUAAUGACCCCGAAGAUGUUUUCUCUGAGGGCUUAUGUGUGGAAGCUCAUCGUUAAAGAUGUAAACGGGAAAUACCGAAAUAACAUCAAAUCGAGGCUCUUUGUGGACUGAUUUACAUAAAUUGUAACAAGUGG